CCAGCCUUCAAUGGUUUGUGCUGGCACUAGCAGGAACCAAUCCAAUUGGUGUUCUGAGGGUCACUAAAGUAUUCCUAUUGGACCUUGGCUGAAGUCCGAUAGAAGACUGUCUUGCAACCUGGCCAUGUGCUAUUGGCCAGAAGCUGUGGCCGCUAGAUUAUAAAAGGCUGGACAAAGCAUUGACAGGGUAUCAUCUGGAGCUGAGCAAAACAGAAGAGAGGCUAAGAGAGAAGACAGGAGGCUAAAGAGAAGAAAUAGUAAGUUAUUGGGUCUGGUGGUUGAUGCCUAAGAGCAUAACAGUUAUUGAAAGGUCAGAGUAAUGGUGGAUUUAUGACCAUGUCAUUACCGAGGAGGCAGGUUUAGUCAUUGUUUGAAGACUAUCCCUGCCUCCAGAUUUGGUCUUGUCCGCAAGGAUACUGGAUUCAACAAGGGAGACUCACAUGACUUUAAGGUGCUGCUGUGCAAUGCCAGGUCAAUGAUUCACAAGACGGCUGUCAUCCACGACUUGAUUGUGGAUGGAGGACUUGACCUGGCAUGUGUAACAGAGACUUGGCUGGAUGAAGCAGAUGGGCCUGAUAUUGCCGCUGCUUGUCCACCAGGUUUCUCUUACACACAGCAACCCAGCUCAUAUGGGUGGGGAGGCGAGGUUGCAGUGAGUUUUAGGAAGUCAUUAAUUUGUACCAGGUGUCCUAUUGGGAAGACCCAGUUCUCUGAGUGCAUGUUCUGGAGGUUGGGCAGUAAGGGCAGUACAGGAUUCCUUUUGGUGUACCGACCUCCCUGCUGCACCAAGGAUUCCCUGCCCGAGCUGCUUCAGGUCGUGGCAGAUGUUCUCCUGGAGACACCUAGUUUGGUUGUCCAUGGGCAUUUUAACAUCCAUGGUGACACGACCUUACAAGGGGCACUUGGGACUUCGUGGAAAGCAUGGCCUCCAUGGGGCUUUCCCUAUGGCCCAACUCAUAGUUGCAGUACUUGGCUGCCCCCCACCCUCUCAUGGGCCUGGAUGGGAGUAAUAAUCUACACUAAGGAAAUUCAAAGCACAUUACAUUCCACACAAAGGAAUCUUAGAAAAAGGGAAAUGUCAGAGAACAUUACGUGCCUGGGAAACAUAAGCAGAAUAUAAAGCAAGCAGUUAUUAUUAGGGGAAUAUAUAUUUUUAAGAGGGGUGAACAUACAACAUUAAACCACAAGAUGAGGGAGCUGUUGUGUGCACAAAUUGCAACAUGCAAAAGUGACUCCAAUUUAGCUCUUACUAAAUCCUACUAGAAAAGGGGGGGGGCUUAAGAUGCAUUUAUGUAAAAGGCUAUGCAAAAAGAUUAUAGCAACAAUUGUUUAAAUCUACUGAUGCUGCAACACCAACCCAGCUACUUAAAGCUCAUGGUGUUCCCAGGUGUACAGCACUUUAACCUAAAGGUUAAGAAAUAAAUCUUAUACCCCGCUGUCUUGUUGAGCUACUGCUGGCGCUUGAUGAAGACUUUCAGAAGGGUUUUAAGGGAGUUUAUACAAAAGGGAGAUUGAUUGGUUGGUUGGUUGGUUGGUUGGUUGGUUGGUUGAUUGGUUGAUUUAUACCCCCACCUUUCCACCAAGGGGCUCAAGGCAGCAUCCAUCCUCCUUCAGUCAGUCCUCUCAUCAAUCCUGUGAGGCAGGCUAGGGUAAGAGACUGAGACUGACCCAGGGUUUCCCAAUGAGCUUCACGGCUGAGUGGGGAUUUAAACCCUGGUCUCUCAAUGCUAGUCUGGAGCUCAGAUUCAUACCAGUGAGUCAUUUGCUCAGAUCUCGCUUCAGCCAGAAACUUAACUGAGCUUGUACAAAUAUCCUAUCUUCUUUGCCUCCUCUCCCUGACCCUCAACAAUGGUCCAAGCUUCUUCUUUUAUAUUGGUUUUUUUUAUUGGGUUUUACAAACAAGAAUGACAUACAAAUAAGUAUACCAAGUUUUCUCAUGUCAUUUGUAUAUCACAAAAAUAGCAUAAUAAUUGUUGAAAAAUAUCUACAACAUGUGUUUCAUUAUUAGUGGUGAAUGCAUAAAUUCUUGGUUUAUGAAUUGGUUUAAACAGUUAGGAAGAAGAAGAGGGGGAGGGGAAGACUGGGAGUGGCGAGUGGGUAGGGUGGGUGGUUAUGCUUCAUUAUUCUACUUAGAGUGGUUUUAAAAAAUAUUUAAAUUGUGUCUUAAACUUCUGCUAUAAGAUGCAUAAGCUGCAAUGUGACUGGUUUGUAUCAAUAUUCACAUGGUUAUGUGAUCAUGACUAGAUAACAUCCACCACAACAUUUGCGCAUAAGAAUUUGCAAGGAUAUACAGUACAGCAUUCAUUUGAACUCCAAGCUGUUUCACAAAGCACCCUCUGGUGGCAAACAGAAAGAAAGCAUUUACACACCCACUUUACUUUCUCCCCAGGUAUCUCUUUCAGGCAACGGUCACCCACGAUGAUGCCUUUCAAGGGAUUUGGCCUUGUGCUCCUCACCUUUCUGGUGUCUGUUCUGGCACUGGGAGCCUAUUGUGAAACCCCCUAUGAGAAGUUCCUAAGGCAGCACUACGAUAAUCCCAAGAGCAAUGUUGGAAAGCAGUAUUGUGACGUCAUGAUGAAAAGACGCGGGCUGGACAAACCAGCAUGCAAGGAAGUGAACACGUUCAUCCACAACACCAAGAAUAACAUCAAAUCUGUGUGCACUGAUACUGGAGGGAAGGAUUAUGGAAACGGGCUGAGGAUCGCUCUCCGCCCCUUCACUGUCACCACCUGCAAGCUCAAAGGCGGCUCAACUCGCCCACCUUGCAAGUACUCUGAUAACAAGUCAUCCAGAUACAUCGUCAUUGCCUGUAAUGAGAAUAAAGAGCCUGUGCACUUCGACGAAAGCAUCAUUGUCACAGUGUAAGAUUUCCAACGCCCAGAUCCCAAAUAUUCAGCUUUUUAACAAUUAUGCCAUCCCUUGCAACUCCACUGAAACCCCCCCCUUUGCUGCCAUUCUGUCCAGCUCUGCUUUACUGCAAUUAAAAAACAAACAAAGAAA